UAUGGAAAAUUAAAAAAUCUUGAGACUUCAACACUCUGUAGAACGAUAACGAUCGAAGCAUUUGCGGAUACAUAUUCAUAGGAGAUAAAGUUUCAUUUUGACCUGGAGAAUAAUAAAGUCUCCUAGAUUUUUAUACUGAAUUUUGAAACACCCUGUAUAUUAGAAUCAGAAAUAAAACUAAACAUCUCAGGACAAACAAAUUACAUACCAAACAGCCAUAAAUGUCUAUUAUAUCUGUUACCUAUCUUGCAAGUUAUUAUUCAUGGAGGGGUAUUACUACCCCCAUUACCUGCCCCUCGUAUCUACGCCCUUGCUUACGGCCACCGAUCUAUUUCGACGUUCUGCUGGCCGAACUACGACGGAGUGUCCUGCUGAUCUCAUCGAGAGCACCAAACACCAAAGUCAUCUGGCAACGCCGACUCAUUCGUAGCCGCCGCCCACCACCGUGAUCGAUCCGGCCGCCAGGUGGCGCUGCAGUAGGGCAGUUCGCAGGGUUGCUGCUCGCGAGGGUCUCCGAUCGUCCUGAGGCAGACUUUUUGGGGCAGAAGAAUGGGGAAAAGCCGAUGGCAGGGCGAUGGAGACGGUACGGCCGAGCGGGGGCAGUGAGUUUGUGCUAGUGCGGGCUCCGAAGGGCGGCACGCAGAUAGCCGCCCUCGAAAUAUGCCGUGAUGGCGAGAGAGGAAUCGCGCGGAAAGAGGCCUUUCAAGUUAUGGGACGGACGACGUAACGUGAGAAAAGGGCUGGUGGUGGGCGGCCUAGAAGAGCUGGUGCAGCGUGGGAGGGAUAAGUUGGGAGUGUCGGUGGGAGAGCCGGUGCGGCUGGUGUUGGAGAGCGACGGGACGCAAGUGGAGGACGCUGAAUACUUCCGGACGCUGCCUGCUAAUACGGUGCUGCUUCUGCUCAGACCUGGGGAGCGAUGGCUGCCGGCUGGGGUCGAUGUCAUCGCAGCAGUAGCAAUCUCGGCCAUCCCGAAAAUCGUGUGCGAAACCAUCCACGCUCUAGAACUGCAGGAUGAGACGCCGUCGUGGAAGAUCAUGGACAACAAGGGGCGUGUCACGGUCGUCCUCCAUUGGGACCAGCGGUCCGGCCCUUCCAGACCCUCCUCGGAAACCCCUUCGCCCGCUCCUGGCAAAUUCUCCCCCAGCAAACGACCCUCCAAAGAGACCGUCAUCAACGACGUGUACGCGAAGGGGGCCGCCCCGACGCGCUACGCCAGUCCCCAGAUCACUGUGAUAAACCACGAUGACGUCAAACCGCCCGCUCACCGACUGACGAAGCAGGGCAGCUCGCUGGAGGGCGGGACCAUUCACAUACACACGCCCGAGUGUGCCCACCAUGCUCACAUGCCCAGAGCGGGCAGCCCGCAGAGCAACGGCACGGUCGAGUGCGAUUUCCACUGUUGUGCUUUGCACGAGGAGGGACGGAAGAUCGCCGUGCACAAGAGCGUGGCAACGUCGCCCAUUCAGGAUGCGCAGCAAACGUCGCCGCAGCCGCCCUCUAGACACGUGCGUUUUUUAGACAUUGAAGGUGGCGGCCGUGGGGGGCAGUCCGAACACGAGAGCUCAGAAAGCGAAACUGAGAAUACCGUGAUGGAAGACGAGGCCGUCACCUCCGAGAAGUUCCUGCUGCUGAUCGACCAGCUGAGCGUGGAUCAGAAGCGUCAUCUGAGCAUCAAGGACAUCGGCAUCAUCUUGGAGCGACUCAACUCCAAGAUUUUGGACGUGGAGCGAUUGGACAGAGAGAGCGAGAGCGACGAUUGCUACAAUUGGACGAUCAAGGCGACCAUAAGGGGGGACGUUUUGCGGGAGUUGGGGGUGAUUUACAACGGGAAUUAUUACGCGAUUUCUGAGCACCCCGGGUACAAGGAGGAGAACGAGGGGGUGAUCGAAGAGGGGGAGGAGGAGGAAGAAGAAGAGGAGGAUCGGCUGUGAAUCGUCAAGCUACCGACUGCCAUUUGUCAAAAAGCACAAACCGGACUCUAGUUGUUAAAAUAGGCGGUACGAUUUUGCAGUUAUCAUGCGAUGGAUUUUUUUUCGAAAAUUUUUGUUUGUUGCCUACGUAUUUUUGAUGAUGAAAAUGUGAACAAACCACUAUCUAUCGAGAUAUUUCACGAAAUAUCUAGUUCGAUAUUUCAUCUUUUUUCGUGAAAUAUCUCGAUAUACCAGGUGUCCCAAAAUUUCUGGGACACAGAGCUACCACGUACCUAUGAUAGAGGUCAAAAUAAGUUGAUUGCACCCAAUUUAUCAAUAUACCUACCAAAAUGUACCGUUUGCCCGUGAGAAGAGUUCUAAGUGGGUGGAUUUCAAAUAUUUAUGUCGAAUUGACCUUUGCAUUGAUGAAGGUGGCCGUCAUAUUGAACAUUUAUUAUAAAGAAAGUUCUGCCUUCUUUUCAUUAUGAACUGAGUUUUGUAUUACAAUGUUAUAAAACUUGUACUGGAAAUCUGUUAGCAUUAUUGAAUAAAACAUUUUUUUUUCUUCGGAAAUAUGAGGAUUUCGGAGUUUUCACAAGAGUAAACAAAUGAAGAUGAAUGAUCUCUCUUCGAGUCCAAAGAAAUUGAGAAUCGUAUUACCAUCCUUGAGAAUGUUCUGAAAAAAAUGCCAGGGGGUGAGUGUAGUAUCAAUUCUUCUACAAUAUUUUUUCUAUGAAUAGGUACUUAAAGGAGCAAAA